AGCUCAGCUGCCCUGACAGCAUCCCACAGAUUUCUGUCACUGAAGGCAUGGGGAGCCAGGAUUUUUUCCUUCUGGACCGGCCUUCCCCACCACGUGAUGUGGGCCAUCCUUGCAACUUGGAGCUAGGGCAGAAGUCUGUCCCCCUCUAUGUAGUCAAGAUGGAUGAAAGUUGAAGCUACCACGUGCAGACCAGGCUGAACAGCUGCUGACUGUAUACAUGCACUUGGGAAAACUCUUAUCCCAGUUCCUGCAGGGCCAGGGAGAUCCCUGUCUUGUUCUAGGGCAUGGCUUCCUGGGCCUGACCAGACCAGGUGGAAAGUUUAGGGAAGGACAUCUGGCCUCUUCUUGGUCAUUAAGCCUCAACUCCACAUACCUUGGGGAUCUGCUGCCCCCGGAGCCAGGCAUCCGAAACCCUACAGUCUGCCUCCGAGCCAAUGAUGCACUGGCCUUCCUGGUGACUCAUGAGCAUUACCCAGAGUAUGACCUGGGCCACUUCUAUAACACACUGGAGCAAUUUGACUGGGGGUACUUCCGGGCCCUGGCUGAGGAGUCCCAGCUCUAUGAGCAAAGCCUCAGCCUCUUUCCGCAGCAGUUCCAGCAGACAGGUGUUUACGUCUUUCGUCUGAGCAGCAACCGACAUCGGAAGAUGUAUCUCCGUGCCCUCCCGCCAGGGGGCCAGUGCUUUGGGGAAGGGCCCUUUGCCUCCACAGCUCCAAGGUAUCUCAUCCAGACUGGCAUCGCCAGGAUCCCCCGGCCCCUGAAGGGGUCUGGCUGGCCAGGACUCCUAGGGGAGAUGGUGCUGCUCCUGGGGCUUUGCCUGCUUCUAAUGAUUCAGUGUCACAGCCUGAGCUGGGCUCGGAAGACUGCUCCUCACCCUACCUUCAGGAGACAUCAGCAAGAAUACAACCUCGACGGCUACACCUCCCCAAGAACUGGAAUAAUGUCAAUGAGGAGAGGCCGAUCUCACCAAGACUCUGAUGCCCCCAGGGUUGAGGGGGGCCCUGAUGGGAGCUGGGAGGCCAAGGAGCAGGUGGACCUGGAAUGGUUUAACACAGAGGCCUUCUUUGGAAUCCUGCUCAGGCAGUCUCUGUCAGUGACAGCCAAACUCAGCCAGACCAAGGAAGAGCUCAAACUCCUCUACCUUAAACUUCUGCGCGAAGCCCAUUCUCUCCAGCAGCUGUGGGGAGCAAGGCGCUGCCUCCCAGCCUCCACUAGUCGGCUUCUGGGGAGCAUGCAGAGGGAGCAGCAGCAGGCUACUGAGGCAGCUGCCAGGGCAGCAGAGGAGGAGGCCAGGCGGAGGGGGCACCUGGCAGGCGAGUAUGCAGCCAGCCUUCGUCACCAACUGAAGCUCCUUCGCCAAGACCUCCACGAGAGGCAGGAGCAGUGGGCCUCUUUCUGCUCAGCACUGAUGGAGGCUCAGCAGCUGCUGAAAGCAUGGACAGGCUCCAGGCCAGAGAAGUCCUCUCCAGCUGGGCAGAACUCAGAAAGGGCGGUUCCCCAGCUGGACACCGUGCUGGGCCACCUGUCCCAGGUCAUGCUGCGGGAGGGCCACCGCCUGAAAGCCUGGGGCAUUCUGAGCACUGGCACUGGGGCAGAGCUGCUGCGGCCAGGAAUGAUGCGCUAUCCCGGGACAGAGCUGUGGGUCCCAGCCCUGUAUGGAAUGGAGAUCCCAGAUCCUGAGGGCUCGGGGCUCAUGGUGCCCAUCCUGGGCAUGGAGCAUGAUGAGAAUUUGGGUGAAGCCACACCCCUGGCAGGCUCAAUGGAAGAUGCCCACGGCAAAGGUCUUAUCCCAAUUUCAAUCGGGGCUCAAGCCAUAGACCCCUUGACUGGGGAGCCUGGUCCCGUCAUUGGAGCUCAAAGAGAUCCCUCUUCCAGAGUGGUGGUGCCCAUUGUCCAGGUGCUGGAGUCCUUACCUCGAGGAGUGAGAGACCCUGGUCUGCUGGACACCCUGGAGCAGGAGCUGAGGGCCCGGGAGCAGUACUGGCACCACCAGGAACAGGAGGAGAAGCUGCUACUGGAUCACCUGGGACACCUGAGCCAGGAGCUCCACUUCACUGCAGGCAAUGGCGUGGAGCAGCAGAUGAUUGCCUCAGGAACCCCUGUGUGUUUGGAGAAUUACCCUGGACACAUAUUCUAUGGAACAGUCACAGCUUCUGUCAGGGACCUGACUGCUGCCUGUCCCAUGUUGAUCCCUUUUCUGAAGCAACUCGCCACAGCACUAGUCGGAGCUCAAGGGCUGGAGGAUCAGAGGCCAGGAACAGAUACAGAUAAAGCUAACAUCAUCUGGGCUUCACCAUUCUUCUCCAUCCUGAAGAAAACAGACAUCUGGUCCCAAGCCCACAAAGAAGACACUGAACUGCAAAAACAAGUGUAUCACAAACGAGACCCAAAGAGCUCUUUACAGUAUCUUCUAAAACCUCAAACAGUGCAGAAGGAAGAGCUGAUAACUGUGCAACCCAUUGGCCUUUCUGCCAGGGAGUUUGUGGUUUACCAGUACGGCCUCUCCAUCCUGCACCUCCUCAUCCCCCAGCUUCAUGCUCCAGAAAUCACCCUGAAGAUUGCUUCUCAUCUUCCUGCCAUGGAAGCCCAAGGCAGUGCCUUCCAAGAUGGCUUCUUCUGUCAGAGUGCUGAGAACAUAUUGUUCGUUGGGAGAGAGUGCCUGGCCUCUGUGGGAAGCUUUGUUCUGCUGCUGAUCCGCUGCCUGGCCCACAUCACUGCUGGGGAACCCCACCAGGACUCCAACCCUGCCUUUCUGGGGUCAUUUUACAAGAGAGAAUAAAAGUGCUCCUUGGAGCCCUCGCCCACUACGUGCCCAGUCGCUGCGUCAUCGGCGUGUGUUGACCCAGUGGUACCUGUCCACCCGGUGCAUAGCAGGCCUGUAACACUUAGGGUACUUCUGCGAGCCGUGGAAUGGCGUGAGGUUCCUUGCUACAACUUUCUUCAUCGCAGGAAGUGCCAGAGGAAUCAUCUGAUGAGGCUCUACUAACUGCAUAACUGAUCUGUUGAUAUAGUUCCCAUUCCUCCCAUCUGCCUUUAAAAGAAGCAACUGUAAAUGGAUGGCUUUUCUCACCAUACCUAAGCAGGAAAAGAAAUUUAAGUACUGAUUAGGGAUUCAACUUCCUACAAGUUUUUUUUUUUAAUUGCAUUUUAGGU